AUGAGAAGCUCACUCGCGAAAAGAGAAGGGAGAUUGAAAAGGUAGCAACAAAGAUGGUCGACCUCAAGAGAAACCCUGGAAAGCUGUCAAAGUCGUGGAGCGAAGCAGUCCGCAAGAUUAUACAAGAUCCGUUACUGAAGGGUCACCAGCGGCAGUCUUUUCAAGAACAGCUGAUGUUGAUAGAGGCUGGUACGCCACCGAAGAUACUAGAAAGGGGGCCAAAUGUAAGGAAAACGGAGCGUGGAAACGCAUCGAAAUAAAGCAAAAGCAGCUCCAAAGCGAUGGAAGGCAGA